GCGGAUGUGAAGAGGUCCAGCCAAAUAAAUAAGAAAUGAACGCGUCUCACGCAGCCUGGCGGAGAAGUAAGCGACGCCGUGGAGAGAAAUAGAUGGCAACUAUGUUUUAAAAACGGGUAUAAUAAAAAAAAAAAACAUUUUCACUUUUACUGGAGGCUGUAUUACCGAGGGUCAGCGGCGCUGCGCCCGGGCUCUGGAGCACCGAAGCCGGCUUGGAAGCCGAUGAAGGAUCGGCGGUGCACGGGCCGCAUGGAGGUCCGUCGUCCAUAAUUAAGCAACUACUUCGGUCAUUUUUUUGCAUGCAAGUGUGGUUGUAAACGACGUUAAAUCGCCGUAGCAAAGGUCUCCCUUUAACCUCCCUUCACCACUCUCCUCUCUGUGGAUCAUAGGAACGCCCCGUCAUCACCCCCUCCUCCUAGCCAGAGCAGCAGAAGGAUUUCCAGAUCGCCUUUCAUGCUUAAUUUCUUGUCUCUCUCUGGACAUCUCCCACAUCUACCACUUUCCUUUAUAAUGGGUACCUGAAGGAUUUACAAAGUACUCUAGUCCCUUAAUGCAAGACAUUGCUCUGCUCUUGACACUAAAGUGGUUGUCAGAAUGGACAAGUGUCCUAGGGUGUUAAGAGAGAUAAAUCAACAUCGACAUUCACAGUGGAAACAUAUCCAUGCCUGAUCUUAGAGAGAGAAAAGGGCAAAAAAGAGAGAGAGAGGUUCAACUAUGGUUCAUACUGCCUCAUAACAACUUGAAUGAUGACUAGUAGAACCUGAGAACUCUGAAGUGCCUUAUCCAAGGGCAGCAGGGCCAAAGAAAUGUAAAUCAAGAAACCCAAACGUCUUCUUUUUUAGCUUUGCACAGUGUACUGCUCUCGUGAUCACUCCAUUCAUCCUUCUGUACCUCCAUACUGCCAUCCUUUUCUCCAUUUUUUCCAUUUUCUUCACUUCAUUUUUUCAGCCAUUUGUUGCUGCUUCAGUUUGGUCUAGUGGUGCACUUUUAAGCUAAAGAACCUACGUGUUCCCUUCCUUCCUUUCUUUGUUUUUCUCUAACCCCCCCUCCUCCUCCUCUUUGUUUUCCUUUUUUGGCCCACCCAUUUGGCCUCCACCAUUCGCCCCUCUCUUGCAACGGCCGUCCUGCCCCCUCGCCCCCGCCCCCCGUCACCCUCCCUCUAUAUCUCCUCUGCCCCCUCCUCCCCCCACCACCACCAUCCUCACCUUCAGCCCUACUCAUCUCACCACCACCAACUCUCCUUCUCUCCCCCUUGCUUCUUGCCCCCUCCCUUCUCCGCCUUCUCGUCUGCGGGAACCAUGGCGAUGGCUGCCACUGCCUCCUGCUCUCCCUCGUCCCCAUCCUCCUCAUCAUCCGCCAAUGGCAGCGCCCGGGAGCACCUCCUGGCGGUGCGUCGGCGCACCCCUCACACCCGGCCGUACACAAUUGGUCCAGGAAACCUCAGCAGCCUUGCGGUGCAGGGCACAGUCGGUACCUCUGCAUCCUCCUCCUCUACUAUGUCAUCAGGGAGCCAACCAGAAACAGCCGGGGUGGGGCUCCAGCGGGCCAAUAGCGACACAGACCUGGUGACAUCAGACAGCCGCUCAUCACUCACAGCAUCUACGUACCAGCUUACUCUAGGCCAUAGCCACUUGGUCAUCUCCUGGGACAUCAAGGAGGAAGUGGAUGCCACCGACUGGAUUGGCCUGUACCACAUCGAUGAGACAUGUGUGGCCAAUGUAUGGGACUCCAAGAAUCGUGGAGUGAAUGGCACCCAGAGAGGACAGAUCGUGUGGAGACUGGAGCAAGGACCCUACUUCAUGGAGUCAGAGACUAAGAUCUGCUUUAAAUACUAUCAUGGUGUAAGUGGAGCAUUAAGAGCAACAACACCUUGCAUCACUGUCAAGAACCCUGGAGUACCGGUGGGUAGUGAAGGCCAAGUGGAGGACCAAUCAGAGACUGAGCACUGCCGAAAACUAGUCAGCUUCACCCUAUCAGACAUCCGGGCGGUGGGUCUGAAGAAGGGCAUGUUCUUCAACCCGGAUCCCUACCUGAAGAUGUCCAUUCAGCCCGGAAAGAGGAGCGGCCUCCACAAGUUCACUCACCAUGGCCAGGAGAGACGCUCCUCCAUCAUAGCCAACACCACCAACCCUGUGUGGCACGGGGAGAAAUACACCUUUGUGGCUCUGAUGACUGACGUGUUGGAGAUCGAGGUUAAGGAUAAGUUUGCCAAGAGCCGACCAAUUAUCAAGCGGUUUCUUGGUCAGCUGAUCAUCCCUGUGCAGAGACUUCUGGAGGGGCCAACAACUGAUGAUCAGCCAGUCAGCUACAGCCUGUGUCGUCGUCUCCCUACAGACCAUGUGAGCGGGCAGCUUCUGUUCAGGGUGGAUAUCACCUCCACCGGACAUGAAGCCUCCCCAGAUGCUGUAGGAACCAUCUUAGGUGGCACAAUAAAUUGUGACCCCGGAAGUCCCUCAGACGACGAAGACCUUCCUCACCCUUCCUCUUCCUCAUGCGUUGCAUACAGAUCUUCUCCCACAGGCCCUGACGAGGGCUCCCUGUUAGUCAACGGUGCUUGUUAUUAUGGCGAUGACAGCGUGUGGCGGGAGCCUGGGCAGAUGGAAGAGGAGGAUCUGCAUUCUGUGCCUCUGGGCGGCCAAACCCACCGACAAGUGUCACUCAAUGACUACCUGGAUGCCAUCGAGGCUCCCAGGAGCUCCGGGGACCGAGCUCCGGCAGGGCCUUCACCAAAACUCCGCUCCAGCUUUCCAACAGACACACGGCUUAAUGCCAUGCUGCACAUAGACUCAGAUGAGGAUGAGGAGAUGGUAGAGCAACACAGGGAGCAACAGGAGAUGAGGACACAGCAGAGCCCAGACUUAUCGAGAAGAUCGGCUACAUCUGAGUCUCUACAGGGGAACGAGCUUUCAAAAGGAGAGCCACAGGGGCAGACUGGAGCUAGGACUGGAACUGGAACUGGGACAACAACAGAGGCAGGUUCCUCUUCCAGUGCUCAGCCUGAAACUGAGCCUGCAGGGGCUGAACCUGGGACUGCAGAAGGUACAGUCCAAACACAGGCAGAAACAUCAACAGCUGGGACUGCAGAGGUUGCUGGAGUGGCAGCUAAGGCUGCACACAUCACUGGGGAAACUUCCAGCUUAUCUCAGGCAUCAUUGGCUGAGUCAGCUGCAGUAGCUGGGUCAAGGAAGUCUGUGGUGGAAUGUACCUGUCAGGAGCAGAGCAGAGCAAACCAGGAAGUACCCUGCAAUCCCUCACUUGGUCCCCUUUCACCCAUUCAGGAGGUGGAGACAAGAAAAGAAGUGGCGCCAAAGGCAGAGGAGGAAGGGGAGUCAUCGAGCAGCGAGGCAAACAGACCAGUAGCAGCAGCUGCUCCUACGCGUAGCAUCAUAGCUGACCAAGGAGGAGGCACUUCUGAAGUUGGUGCAGGUGCCACAGCUCAGGUUAAUGGUCACCAAUCUGUUCGCUCCCUGCCAUCUGUCCGCCAUGACAUCAGUCGUUACCAGAGAGUAGACGAGCCACUACCGCCUAACUGGGAGGCUCGUAUCGACAGCCACGGUCGGAUCUUUUACGUGGACCACGUGAACAGAACCACAACUUGGCAGCGUCCCACUGCUCCCCCCGCCCUGCAGACCCUCCAGAGGUCCAACUCCAUACAGCAGAUGGAGCAGCUGAACCGUAGAUAUCAGAGUAUACGGAGGACGAUAACCAAUGACUGCAGACCAGAGGAGCAGCCAGCCAAUGAGCUGCUGGCUGAUGAGACUGACAUGCACCCUUCCAUCCCAGAGCUCCGUAGAGACAACAGUGUGGCUCAGUCCAGUUCCAGGUCUCGCCUCACCCUGCUGCUUCAGUCCCCCAGCGUGAAGUUCCUCAGCAGCCCUGACUUCUUCACUGUGCUGCAUUCCAACCCUAGUGCCUACCGUAUGUUCACCACCAACACAUGUCUGAAGCAUAUGAUCAGUAAGGUUCGUCGGGAUGCUCACCACUUUGAGCGCUACCAGCACAACAGGGAUCUGGUGGCCUUCCUCAACAUGUUCGCCAACAUACAGGUGGAGCUGCCCAGAGGUUGGGAGAUGAAGCACGACCACACCGGCAAGCCUUUCUUCGUGGAUCAUAAUUGCCGCGCCACAUCUUUCAUUGACCCCCGGCUGCCUCUCCAGAGCACUCGGGCCCCAAGCCUCCUAGCUCACCACCAACACUUAACUCGCCAACGCAGCCACAGUGCCGGGGAGGUCAGCCCACGACGAUUGGUGGGUGAAGACCCUCGUCAAGCCGGCCCACCUGUCUUGCCACGGCCUUCCAGCACCUUCACCUCUGCCAACAGGGGGCAUUGCCAAGACGUUGUGCCAGUGGCUUACAAUGACAAGAUUGUGUCAUUUCUUCGACAACCAAACAUCUUUGAGAUUUUGCAGGAGAGACAGCCUGAUUUCAACUGGAAUCAUUCACUCAGGGAGAAGGUGCAGCUGAUACGCACAGAUGGAGGGUCAGGAUUGGCCAGGCUGUCAGGUGAUGCUGAUCUUGUCAUGCUACUAAGUCUGUUUGAAGAUGAAAUAAUGUCCUAUGUGCCUCCUCACGCCUUACUUCACCCCAGCUACUGCCAGUCACCUCGGGGAUCCCCUGUCUCCUCCCCACAGAGCUCGCCUGGUACUCAGAGAGCUAAUGCCAGAGCCCCAGCACCUUACAAGAGAGAUUUUGAAGCCAAACUGCGCAACUUCUACAGAAAACUGGAAACUAAAGGCUACGGCCAAGGACCGGGGAAGCUAAAGUUGAUCAUCCGUCGUGACCAUCUGCUGGAAGAUGCUUUCAACCAGAUCAUGUGCUAUUCCCGUAAAGACCUGCAGCGCAGCAAGCUCUACGUCAGCUUCAUUGGGGAGGAAGGGUUGGACUACAGCGGGCCUUCCAGAGAGUUUUUCUUCCUGGUUUCCAGGGAGCUGUUCAACCCUUAUUAUGGGUUAUUUGAGUAUUCUGCCAACGACACCUACACCGUCCAGAUCAGCCCCAUGUCUGCCUUUGUAGACAAUCACCAGGAAUGGUUCCGGUUCAGUGGUCGCAUUCUGGGUUUGGCUCUGAUCCAUCAGUACCUGCUGGAUGCCUUCUUUACCAGACCCUUCUAUAAAGGCCUACUGCGCAUUCUCUGUGACCUGAGUGACCUGGAGUACCUGGACGAGGAGUUUCACCAGUCCCUUCAGUGGAUGAAGGACAACGACAUAGAAGACAUGCUGGACCUCACCUUCACCGUCAAUGAAGAAGUCUUCGGACAGAUAACAGAAAGGGAGCUGAAGCCUGGCGGAGCCAACAUCCCUGUGUCAGAGAAGAACAAAAAGGAAUACAUUGAGCAGAUGGUGAAGUGGAGGAUAGAGAGAGGAGUUGUGCAGCAGACUGACAGCCUGGUCAGAGGUUUCUAUGAAGUGGUGGAUGCCAGGCUAGUAUCAGUGUUUGAUGCAAGGGAGCUGGAGCUGGUGAUCGCUGGCACAGCUGAGAUUGACUUAUCAGACUGGAGGAACAACACAGAGUACAGGGGAGGUUACCAUGACAACCAUAUUGUAAUCCGGUGGUUCUGGGCAGCAGUGGAGAGGUUCAACAACGAACAGAGACUACGGCUCCUGCAGUUUGUGACCGGUACAUCCAGUAUUCCUUAUGAGGGCUUUGCUUCUCUGCGAGGCAGCAAUGGACCCCGCAGGUUUUGUGUGGAGAAGUGGGGGAAGGUCACAGCACUGCCCAGAGCUCAUACCUGUUUCAACCGGCUGGACCUGCCACCAUACCCGUCCUUCUCAAUGCUGUAUGAGAAGAUGCUGACCGCAGUAGAGGAGACCAGCACCUUUGGGUUGGAAUGAACCUUGUCUGCCCACCUAUCCAAAUCUCAAGGACUGCUUGUGGUAGUAAAAAGCCAUGAUGGACAAAGGUUCAAAAAGCUGGAUUUUAAUGUAUGGCUUGAGUUAAUUUAUAAUAUAGCAGAAGCUGAUAAGACCUUAUCAUUACGCUGCACUCUGACCUUUUGAAAUGUACAGAGGUAAACACUUAUUUUUGGUUGCACGUGCACAUAUUUCGCACCUACUUAGUAACACACACCUAAAUGAUGUGAUGAAUGAAGACCCACACUGCCUUUGAGACCAGAAUCCUAACUGCUGGGAUUUGACCAAUCAGAGCCCAGGAUGUUUUUUUUUCUCUCUUUGAUACCAGGAGUUUAAAGUUUAAGAAGAUGCAACCACUGCCAAAAGCUGAGUGGACUCAGCCUCUUUUAUUCUAGUGUCAAUGGACCUCAAAAGGUUAUACGCUUGUCCAGAACUGUGAGCUUCAAUGACUUGCAGUUAUUUCUUAAAGCCUUUCAACACCCGUCUGAUAUAACUUUUGGUAAAGUUUGUGGAAUUUUCCUGUGAACUUCUACAGCUAAUUUUGCAGUCCAGACAGAUGCUUUGGUAUUGUUACAGUAUUUUCAUCUGCAAGAAAAAGUGAUUUUCUAAUGAUGUAGCGUGACAUGUUAUUUUAAUCUAAAUAACUUGUGAUGUA